GCUAACACUAUGUUGAUCAUUCUUAUUUAGAAUAGAAAUACUAACACCUACUAAAGAAUGAAUUGGCCAUAAGAAUCGAAUGCUGUGGCGGCUUUAUGUUCAUGCUCGUUUGGCAAGGAAAGGUAAGGACUCAUUCAAAAGACGAAUAUUAAGGAAGUUAGAAAAGUGUGCUUGCAUGAUAAUUGAACACUGAGCCUCAUAAGGCAUUUUGGCAUAUAACACGACACUGUCAACGUCACUCUGUGCGCAGUAGGUACGAGAGUAUAGUACCAUACUAUUAUCAACACUAUAAAGCUAGAUACAAAAUAUGUAUAUUGCAACAGAAGCACCAGGGGGUUACCUUUGCAUUAUAUUAUUUUUGUUGCUCUUUUGCAACGGUACUACGUGUAGUAGUGUUGAUGGAGAAAGUUUUCUAGGAGAUUGCCCAAAGGAGUGUCGCUGCAGUACCACAUCUCCCUCUUCCAACACAGUUGAUUGCUCUGGAAGGUCCAUCAUAUCCAUACCCCUGGACAUUCCACGUAAUACAACCGUCUUAGACCUACGAAACAUCGGUCUUUCUGAAAUACCGCCAUAUGCAUUAAGUCAUCUAGAGAACCUAAACGCACUUUACCUGGGAGGAAAUGACAUAACAGCGUUCAACGAGAACAGUUUUGCGGGUUUAAAGGCAUUGGAAUAUUUGAAUCUGUUUCCAAUUUAUCCAGGAAUGAAUGUCGACUAUAAUACCUUCCCUCCAACUUUGUUUCGUGAAUUAACCUCGUUGAAAACCCUUCAUAUUGGUGGAAUGGGUUCGGGUGAAAAUGUUCAACAAGAUUACAUAGAUUGCACAUUAGCCCCUUUACACCAGUUGGAGGAGUUGUUUUUGUCUUAUUUGCCUCACGGAAAUUUAUCAUUUGGUCCUGGAUAUAGUAACCUAUCGUCUCUGAAGACACUAGUUUUCAAGAGGUAUUCAAGUACUGAGACACAGUUGCAAAAAAAGGCUUUCGUGUGGUUGAAAAAUUGCCCAAUCGAAAAACUUGCUUUCAUUGACUGCAACAUUAACCGUUCGGACCCAGAUAUGUUGUCUAUUUUUCCACAUUUAAAAGUGUUAGAUCUGGAGUGCAGUUAUUUUUUGUCUUCGCAAAAUGUAGAAGGUUUUAUUUGUGGCUUAAAGAACAACACAGUCGAAACUAUUGGCUUAAAUAAUAUUUUUCAAAAACGAGAUAAUGGUGCCAUACCUGUCUCACACUGGACGAUAUCAGCUUCAGCUUUCAAAUGCUUAGAAAAUACGCCACUGAGAACACUGGAAUUAAUACAAAACAGAAUAGAAGGAUUUGACUUGAACAACUUGCAUUAUUUUCCGAAUUUGGAAUAUCUUGAUCUGUCAAAUAAUAUCAUGAUGUUUUUCCCAGAAAAUGAAAAGGAGAAUGUUGGAGAAAACAGUGCUGGGGAUUAUUGGGCAUAUUUAUAUCCACUAUUAAGAAAACUUAAGUAUAUGAGAAUCGACAAUAACUUGAUAAACAAAAAUAAGGCCCCUCCAAAAUGUGACUUAACGCAUUCUUUUUGGAAAGGCCACCCGUCAUUCAAGCUUAAACAAUACGUACAUGUAGCCAGGUCUUUAAAUGAACAAAACAUGCCUUUACCGGUUAUAAAAGUGUUUUUACCUGCAAAUUUGGAAUUCGUGUCAAUGAGUUGGUGGCCAGUUUGGGACGAUGGAGUUUCUUCUUAUUGUGCCUUAAGAGGAAGUUUAUAUUUUUAUCCAAAUAAGGUACGCUUUCUUAAAAUGGAAGGAAUUGGUACAAAAUAUAUACCAUAUUAUAUAUUUUAUGGAUUGGACAAUUUGGAGCAUUACGAUGCUUCCCAUAAUAUCCUCAACUGUCUUCCAAGAGAUUUUUUCAAUGGUCACUUUCCAUCGUUGAGGUCCCUAAAUCUUGGUGACAACAAACUAGGACCUUUAAUAAGUGAGGAUGGGAUACGUCCAGUAAAACUUCCACGCUUAGAGUUUUUGGAUUUAUCAUUGAAUGAGAUCAGGACCAUCCCUAAGAAGUUUUUUGACCACCUUGUCUCCCUUCAGCGGCUGGUGCUGCGCGGCAAUUACCUUAAAAAGGUGUCGUUCAGUAUGGUUAAUUUCGUGUCUGUGGAAUACAUAGAUCUGAGCAACAACAAACUACAGGCAUUUUCAUCAGAAGAGAUGGAAAAUAUAAGGAAAGUAAAUUCGAGCUUCAGCGUGCAUUUGAAUAUGACGAACAAUCCUGUAGACUGCACUCUUUGCGAUGGGGAGGAAUUUCUUCAAUGGCUUAUUUUUUCAAAUAUUACAGUAACAUUUUCCAACGACUCCAACUGCCCCAUGAAUGGUUCAAAAAUAAGUCUGUGGACUACACUGAAUGAACUUCGUGAGAAAUGUGAUAUAAGCGAUCAGAUAAAAGGUCCAAAUCAGUGGCUGUCUGUCGGGAUAUCCCUAACUAGUAUCGCUGGUGUGACAUGCGGUUUAAUAGCAGCUUACAUAUAUCGUUGGAAAAUCAAAUAUCGACUAUAUCUGCUACGGCGCCGGUUACGUAUACAAGGGUUUAUUACAACCCCGCCACAUGGCCACGUGUACAUUUCAUACGAUGAUGGUGAUGAUCACUGGGUAGUGAAUAAACUUUUACGUCAUUUAGAAGAGGAGAACGAGCUUGACGUCAUUAUAGAUCAGAGGGAUUUCAUUGGUGGAGCAUCUCUGGCUGAAGCUAUCGUCGAAGCUGUGGAUAACAGCAGGAAGACAGUUCUCGUUCUAUCAGAAAAUUUCGUGCUAAACUCGUGGUGUGAAUUUGAGUUUGAAAUGUCAUUGGCUCGUGGCUACAAUUCAGUGAUACCAGUCAUGUUUCAAACGGUUCCCUUUGAUGCCAUGACAAAAUCGCUUCGGAAAUUCAUAAAAGCAAGAGGCUAUAUAAAAUGGUCCGACAGUGAAGCAGGAAAGCGUUUAUUUUGGAAACGUCUCAUGGAUGCUAUUCUUGACGUAAAUGAUCACCUUGUGCAUGAUGGUGAAGUUGACGACACUGAAAUGCUGUAAGAAUCACAUAUUAUAUCUAACAGCUUGCGCAGAAAAAAAAGAAAUUGGGAUUGUCUGAUAUCAAAUUGUGAUAUAUUUACGUUUUGUAUCUGGUGACAUUUCUAUAUCAUUCUUUGCAUCUGUGUUUAUUUUGUAAAUACACAGUGUAUGUGUACAUACUGGCCAUCGCCAACAUAGAAACUGUGGUGCUUAUUUCCCUGAUAGUAACAAGUCAGAAUGGACCCGUAUGUUACAUUAGAUUUCUUAAGUAAUCUUUUCAAUAUCGCUUCCAUUUUCCCAAUUUUGCCAGUGGUUUCUUUAACCUUCAGUAAGUAUUUGAAACAUGUGAAUCAGACGCUUGAUUAUUCUCCAUUGUCAUCUGGGGGAGUGGGGACUGUAUGGACGGGUGUUUGCAUAUACCAGCCUCCUGAAGUUAUGGGCAUAAUGUUCUAUAUGUUAAAUCUAAACGAACAGGGUUUCUCUGCAUAAAGCUUUUUGCUUUACAAAUUUGGAAGCGGAUAGCAUGGAUGUUGGUUUAUGAUAAUCAUGGAAAGGAUGAAAAACCUGUGAACAAUUACGGUGUAUUCCAGUAUGUACCACGUUGUGUGAAUGCAAGUUACUACUCUACUAUAUCUUCACGUAGAUGUAUUUGUUAACAGUCAGCAAAUAGACCAUCUCAGAAACACGAGAAUUCCAAGAUACUAGAAAAUAUACUCAAAAUAAUUUUCUUUUGCUACUAUUAUUGAUUAAA